AUGGUUCCCAUCUCCAACAAAGGAAAGGAGAAAGUGAGAGAAGAAACACCAACAAGGCAGUAUUCCACUAGGGGUGCUACUCAGAAGUUUAUGAAUGAUGAAAUAAAGGCAAACAAAGUUAGUACUAUAGAAAGUAGAAGAAGAAAGAAGUCUGGAUUACAAGAAAAGGUUGUUCCUGAUGAAGGGGUAGUGGAAGUUUCAAAUGAACAAGAGGACUGUGCCACUGUAUCUGAGGAUAUUAUCUCUGCAGUGGAGAAGAGAAGGAAAGAAACACUGGGCAAGAAGAAGGAAAAACCUAAAAACAAAAAAUCAUCAGGAAAAAGGGCUACUGUGUCAAAGAAGGGAAAAAAUAAGGUAAAGGAGACAUCUAAGAGAAAGAGAGAAUUGUCACCUGACACUGACAAACUAUUUGGAAAAUCAGAGUCCGAGCCUGAAGAGGGACUAGGUUCGAAAAGUAAAAAGGUGAUGGCUGAGAAGAAAUGGUCUAAAGAGGGUAUUUUCAAUAACCUAAGGCAACAAAAGGUUCUUAACGGGAGGGUUUUUGACCUGAGAUAA